AUGUCAAGUCAAACAACGAAUUCACUUCAAAUCACUACAGAAAAUGAAGAUCAAGAUUUGAUCAUCGUAUCACUUUAUUGGAAAUCAAACAAACUUGGUUGUAUUUAUUAUUUACAUCAAUUCCAUGAACUUUAUUUUCUUGAAGAUAUUAAAGAAAUUAAUUUGAAAGAUACUGUGGAAGCUUUGAUCUUUCAGUUAUGUCCUACUCAUAUGGUAUUAUGUGCUUUCAACAAUCCAGAAUUGACAAAUAUAGUAAAGAAAUAUGAUGAUCGUAUUCAGAUAGAAAUAUUGAAUUCCAAAGAAUUUACCUAUCAAAAAGGUCUCUAUGAAUUGAUCAAUUGGUAUAUAGGAAACUGUACACAACAACAUCACUCAAUGAUAUCAACUGAAUCAAAUGAAUUAUGUAACAAUCCUUCUUUGCAAGAUGAACAAUCUGAAAUCCAAUUUCAUGCAUCCUUUUCUGAUACUGAUCUUACCAAACAAGCCCAAUUGCGACUCUCUUCUCUUGUUCCUUUGACUAGUACAACAACAAGUUCAUCAUUUGGAUCUUAUCAUACAAGUAUGAUGCCUAUGGUAUUAAAAUCAAUAUCAUUUUUGGAUACAAUGUACGUCUCAGCAGAUGUUAUGCAAUCUUUAGAAAUCUUCCAAAUUGAAAUGCAUCCAAGUACACAUCAAAAGAAAGGAAAAGAAAGCAUGUCACUCUUCAAUCUAUUAAAUUAUACUGUUAGUCCUGGUGGUACACAUCUAUUGAAACAGUGGCUACUACGACCAACACUGGAUCUAGAAGUUUUACAGGAGCGACAUUCAUCUGUAGAGUAUUUGAUCAAUGUAGGUAAUCCUACAAACAAAGAUAACGCUGUGAAGAAAUUAUCAAGUUACAUGAAACAUGUCAAGAACACGGCAAGAAUACUUAGUCAUAUCCACGAACAUCACGCAAAAGUGACUGAAUGGCAACAGCUACUAGAGUUUUCCUAUUAUGUCCUGAAAAUUGUAGAUGUGAUCAAGGCAUAUCAUCUAUCUCAAGCUCCUAUUCUUCAAAAGGUUAUUUCAACGAUCAAUAUCGAUAUUUUGACACAUAUUGGAAAAUGUAUCAAUGAUCAGAUAUCAUUUGAAGACAGUCAUGCAGAAGGUCGACUUACAAUCAAGAGCGGUGUGGAUAAGGAUCUAGAUUUGCUCCGAGAGAAAUAUAAUUGCUUGGAUGAUUACUUGUUACAAGUUGCUCAAGACAUUGCUAUUGGACUUCCAAAUGAUAUUGGAAACGUUUUGAAUGUGGUCUACUUUCCUCAACUUGGGUAUUUGGUGACUUUUCCUUGUUCAGUUUAUACAAGAUAUGUGGAUCACUCCUGCCUCAAUGGAUUUGAUCUUCAAUUUAGUACAGGCGACAAUUACUAUUACAAAAAUAAUCGUAUGCGAAAUAUGGAUGAACAUCUAGGUGAUAUGUACGGUAUGAUUAUAGACAAACAAAUUGAAAUGAUACAACAUCUCAGUGAACGAAUUAUUUUGUAUCAAGAACAGUUACUUGCGACCACUGAAGUGCUGGCGGAAUUAGACUGUAUCCUAGCAUUUAGUAUAGCAGCAUUACAAAAUGGUUAUACGAGACCCAUUAUGACCGAUGAUGAUCUGAAUGAGCUGACUAUUGUUGAAGGACGACAUCCACUACAGGAACUCAAACUAGAUAUUUUUAUAUCGAAUGAUACUUAUAUAGCAGGUGGAAAUGGGAGAAUACAAGAAAAUGAAGAAUCAUUUAGACCAGCAACAGAAGUAACAGAAACAACACCAACUGUAUUCAAUUCAUCGCAGCUUUCUACUACCAAACCAUCGUCAUCAUCAUCAUCUCCAUUUAAGCAGUCAGGUGACUUUUCAACCACAAAGACAACAAGAACAUCAUUAUCAACAAGACGUGAUAACUAUGAAAAUGAAUCUCCUCAUCUCAUAUAUAAUGAUGAUGAUGAACGACCAAGAAGUGUCAUUUUACUUACUGGUGCCAAUUUCUCAGGAAAAAGUGUUUAUUUGAAACAAAUUGGACUGAUUGUUUUUAUGGCUCAUAUUGGCAGUUUUGUUCCUGCUGCAAGAGCGGUGAUUGGGUUGACGGACAAGAUCUUUACAAGCAUUCAAACAAUAGAAAGUGUAUCUACUGCUCAUAGUGCAUUUGGAUAUGAUCUACAACAAGUAUCACAAGGACUUCAUUAUGCUACUCAAAAAAGCCUAGUGAUCAUUGACGAAUUUGGGAAAGGAACAAAUCCGGUGGAUGGGGCAAGUUUAUUUGCAGCGGUGUUGAAUGAAUAUAUUAACCGUGGAAGACAAUGUCCAAAAUUGGUAACUAGUACACAUUUCCAUGAGUUACUGACACAAGAUAUUCUUAUCAAAAAUCAAAAUAAUUAUAUUCAAUUUUAUACUACGGAAAUUAUCUGCAAUAUAAACAACAAAGAUCAAAAUGGAAAUCAAGUGGUAUUUUUAUAUAAAGUGGUACCUGGGUAUGGAUUGGGUGCUUCAUUUGGAAUUUGGUGUGCUAGUCUAGCUGGAAUAUCGGAGGAUGUGUUACAACGUGCCAAUCAAUUGACAAAUACUUUCAUCAAUGGAACAUCUUAUCAAGAAGUGUGGACAAUUCAAGAUCAAGACUAUUAUAACAAAUUGGAACAGAUCAAGGAAAAAUUUAUAACUGUGAAGGAAUUUACUAAUGAUUUUAUUAUUAGUAGUGGUAUAGUAGAUAGCUUAUCAUCACUCUUUUUACAAUAA